GGCAGUGGCUUAACCCACUGAGCCACCCAGGCGCCCCAAGGGCACCUCUUAUUAUUAUUAUCUUUUUGGCUCAAUUAUUUCAGCAAAACUUAGGCUCACAGUUCUCUUUCAUUUUGUCCUUCUAAGGCUCCGGAAUGUGUUCUGCACACAGAGAACUGGUGAAGUCAUUCAAGAUUGUCCUUCAUGUCUAAGGUUGUGAAGUAUGAGUGAGAAGGGACAGUGUUUAUUUGCUUUCAGUUAUCCUAGCUACGAUUUCUCCCAGAUAGUUUCCCCAAAGAGGGUAAAUUCCUGGUAACAUGGCUGCAGAGGCUGGCAUCCUCCCAAAUAAUGGAAGAACUCCCCUAUUUCAAAAAGCAAGAAAACCCUACGUUCACACUGAGAAUGUAGCUUGCAUUUCCUUGUCCAUGAAGUCCAGUUUCCCCGAGGCAAGAAGAGUUGUUUGAUUAGAGCCUGCCUUAGCAAAUGCAGAAGAGCACUCCCUCCUCAUUCUGGUCCUAGGCCAACACACAGCAAGCACCAACACUGCUCGGUAGGUGAGAAGAAUUUCUCAGCCAGAAGUCAUUUUUGCCUUCUAAGGGAAUACCUGUUGGAUGUGUGGUGGCCCACAGAACUCCAUCCCACUCAAGUGUUGUGGUACAAAGAAGAGUGUUUGUCAUACAAUCGGAAAGGAAGGCAAAGAAGAUGCUUUUGCUUUAGAUUGGACAACUGAACAGAAAUUGCAAUUUUAGGAUGAAGAGGGGAAGAGGAAGAACAAGUCGGAUCAGAAGACAGAAACUCUUCAGAAGUUCCGUAUCAAGAGGAGUGAAUGAGAGCUGCAAGCCUGAAUUUAUAGAGUUUAAGAAGUGGCUGAAAGACAGGAAGUUUGAAGAUACAAACUUAAUACCUGCUUGUUUUCCAGGUACAGGAAGAGGGCUGAUGAGCAAAACAUCCCUGCAGGAGGGACAGAUGAUUAUUUCGUUGCCUGAGAGUUGCCUGCUCACCACGGACACAGUGAUUAGAAGCUACUUAGGGACGUACAUUGCUAAGUGCCAGCCUCCUCCAUCUCCUCUUCUGGCUCUGUGCACCUUUUUAGUUUCAGAAAAGCAUGCUGGGGACCAGUCUCUCUGGAAGCCUUACCUGGACAUUUUACCAAAGGCCUACACCUGCCCCGUAUGUUUGGAGCCAAAAGUGGUGAAUCUUUUUCCUGAACCUUUGAAGGCAAAGGCUGAAGAGCAGAGAGCCCGUGUGCAGGGGUUCUUUUCUUCCUCCAGAGACUUUUUCUCUUCCCUGCAGCCUCUGUUUUCUGAGGCUGUUGAGAGCAUUUUUAGCUACAGUGCCCUCCUUUGGGCUUGGUGCACAGUCAACACCAGAGCUGUGUACAUGAAGCAUGGGCAGAGGAAAUGCUUUUCUCCAGAGCCGGACACCUACGCGCUCGCCCCGUACUUGGAUCUGCUGAAUCACAGCCCAGAUGUCCAGGUAAAAGCAGCAUUUAAUGAGGAAACUCGCUGUUAUGAAGUCAGAACGGCUUCAGGCUGCAGGAAACAUGAACAGGUGUUCAUCUGCUAUGGCCCCCAUGAUAACCAGCGGCUGCUCCUGGAAUAUGGAUUCGUGUCCAUCCAGAAUCCUCAUGCUUGUGUUUAUGUCUCAGCAGAUCUACUUGUUAAAUAUCUGCCAUCAACAGAUAAACAAAUGAACAAGAAGAUGUCCAUUUUGAAGGAUCAUGACUUUAUAGAAAAUUUAACAUUUGGAUGGGAUGGACCAUCUUGGAGGUUACUCACAGCUAUUAAGUUGUUAUGUCUGGAAGCCGAAGAAUUUACAUGCUGGAAAAAAGUACUUCUUGGGGAAAUCAUUUCAGAUACAAAUGAGAAGAGAAGUUUGGUCAUAGCCCAGAAAAUAUGCCAUUAUUUCAUAGAGGAAACCAAUGCUAUGCUGCGAAAGGUUUCUCAUAUGAAAGAUGAAGAAGUGGCUUUGAUAAACCAACUAACUUUGGUAGAAACACUGUGGACAGAAGAGCUAAAGAUUCUGCAGGCCUCUGCUGAGAUUCUAAACAGUUUGCAGAUGCCUUUUAGCUGUGGCUGGGACUUCCAGUACGAUGUUGAAUGGAAACGGUGAGAG